AUGGCUUCAUAUCAAGAUGAACAUAAUAUUUCCAAUAUAACUACUUCACUUCCCUCCACCUCAUCUUCAAACGACUCCCCUGAUGAAUCUCAAAGAACAGAAUUACGUUCACAAUUACAAUCGUUAUUCCAAUCCUUUUAUCACCAUGGUUCUAAUGGUGAAUCAUUAUCUUCUCAAAAUAAUUUAAUUUUAUUACAAUUAUUAUCACAAUUAAUGCCCGAAUCUAUGCAACAAGAAUUUUUCAAUGAUACUACUGAUCACACUCAAAAAAAAUGUUCAAGUUCAUUUAUUGAUUCUUUAGAAAGAAUUAAUAAAAAAUCCAUUAAAAAUAAAGAUGAAAUUUGUUCCAUUUGUAGAUGUAAAUUUUUUGAUGACGAUUAUCCUUUAAUUAUUGAAUUACCAAAUUGUAAACAUUAUUUCGAUUUAGAAUGUAUAACUCUUUGGUUACAAAAAAAUUCAUCUUGUCCAAUUUGUAGAAAUGAUGUUUUAGAGAAAAAAUUCAAAAUCGACGAUUCACAAGUCGAAUUAGAAGAAGAUUGGGGCAUGUAUGGUUAA